AUUUUUAUUAUCAUUAUAACAAAAGAUCUGACAGCCAUAUUAUUUCAAUUAUAAUUUCUUCGUUAAUUCUAAGUUAUUGGAUACGCCCAGAAAUUGAUAAAGUGGAAUACCUUUGCUGUUUGGUAGUUCGUUGAGGACCUAACCUUCAACAUGAGUGCUUCGGCGCCCAAGUUCUACAAGGAGCUGAAGGAUAUCACUGUUUCAGAAGGCGAGUGUACAGUGCUCGAAUGCCGUUUGAAAGCUAACCCACCUGCUCAAGUGACAUGGAUGAGGGAGGGAGAUCUAAUUGAGGAUUCUCCAGAUUUCAGAAUUCUUCACAGAGGCGAAAUAUCCACGCUGGUAAUUGGUUCCGCCUAUCCAGAAGACAGUGGUGAAUUUGAGUGUGUGGCGACUAAUUCUGCGGGAUCAUCCAGUACUGCAUGCAAAUUGCAAGUAACAGGAGGUGGUUACUAUUCUGUGUCAACCAAGGCUCCAUCGGCAUCGAAAGUCGUCACUGAAAGACAACUGCGAGCUCCGGCAGCUGCUGCGCAAUCUGAAAGUGAAAGCGUUGAAUACGAGAUACCUGAUCAUCCCCCCAUACGCGUUUGUGUAACGCCGGUUCCCCCAGAAGAGAACUCGGAACCUGCAGAGGAAGAAGACAUACCCGUAGAACAACCGGUCACUGUAGAAGAGACUCCUUCCACCUCACAACCAUCAACCAUGAUUCAAUCACCACCAUUAUCACCGCAAGAUGCGCUGAUGGAUUCCAAUCAUAAUUUCAAGCAGGAGAAGGACACACUCGUUCAGGAUUUGUCUCAGAAACUCUCGAGUACCGACAUUUCGCGAAAAGGCGACGAUCAGGACAACUCACCACGUGAUUAUAUCUUUUCGCCACGUCUUGGAACAGGAGACGAAGCCCCACAGGAAUAUCGUGUUUCCAAUUUUGAACAAAGAUUGAUCAACGAAAUCGAAUAUAGACUUGAAAGAACUCCACCUGUCAAUGAAGAUCCACAAGAUGCUGUGUUUGAAUCAGUACCACCACACGAACAGAGAGCUCCCGCUUAUAAAAAUAUUAUUGGAAGUUAUAAAAUACUGGUUGGCGCUCCCAUGAAAUUUAUGUGCAAAGUUGCAGGAAACCCAAUGCCUAAGGUUUACUGGUUUAAAGACGGAAAACAAAUAUCUAAACGAUCCCAGCAUUAUCUGCAAUCUAAAGAUGAAGAUGGCGUUUUCUCUCUUUACAUCCCACGUACUUGUGUCGAAGAUGAUGGAAACUAUACAGCCCUUGCCCUUAACCCCAGGGGUCGAGUCAGCUGCACAGGCAGACUUGCCAUUCUUUCAAGCAGGACUCCAAGCGCAUCUCAGCCUCUGCCUGAACGAUCCCCAAUGAGGAUUCAAGAAAAAGGAACAUUAGCUGACGACGAAGAGAGCCCAGUAGAAAAAUAUUUCAAGCCUGUAUUUGUUCAAAAAUCAGGAAAUAUUGAGGUCGAUGAAGGAAAAUUAGCAAGAUUGGAUAUAAAGGUGACUGGGCUCCCCCAACCAGAUUUGACUUGGUUGAUAAAUGGUAAUCCAGUAAUACAAGACCCACAUCAUAAGAUCUUAGUGCGAGAAAAUAAUGUUCACAGUCUCCUCAUCCAACCGGUAUCUACAAUGGACGAAGGACAAUAUUCAGUAGUUGCUACUAACAAGGCCGGUAGAGCUACUGUUCACAUUCAGCUGCGAGUAAAGCAACAAGAACAGAUGACGGUACCCAUAUUUGUACAAAGAUUAACACCACAAGUAGCCGCAGAAGGUGGAUCUGUACGUCUCGAAGCAAGAGUGAUUGGGAAGCCAUUGCCCACUAUAUGCUGGAAACGUGGAUCGCAACAAGUAAUGAAUACCCCAAGAACUCAAAUUUAUCAAGAUGACAGUGGUUACGUUUGUCUUCAAAUUUCUGAGGCAACGAGACAAGAUUCGGAAUGGUAUACAUGCAGUGCUACCAACAAAGCUGGGAUUGUUAGCUGCAACUGUAAACUAGAUGUUUAUUCACCAACAAUGGAGGCACCACAUCAACGUCGUCGCAUCAGGACUCCACACAGAUACGCUAAUCUCGCCAAGACAGCAGGAAUUGAUAUGAGGGAAGCGAUCAGCCCUGACGUACAUGCCCUUUCCCCCGCCCAUCAUUUGCCAGAAUCUGAUGACCUCUAGAUGUAAUAUUUUGGAUAUUAUAACGUCAUCAGACUAUUAUCGUUUGCUGAAAAUCGUCGUCAAAAUGGAUUAUGUAUUGAUGUGAACAACAUGACACCUAAGACCCCCAACUCUGUUUUAUUUAUUGGUUAUCUGUUUUUGCCUCGCUUGAUUGAAAAUUAACAGUUACGUUUGUGAUGCCCCGCGAAAUCAACAGUUUGCAAAACAGGGAUGGCGACCACGAAUUACAACAGAAAUUCUCGUGUCUUUGGGCGGUGUCCAAUAAUCUGGCAUCCCAUAUCACGGUUUUCAAAAUGCACUAAGCUUGCUUGCAGUAUUAAUUUCUUUAUUAUGAACAUAUUAAAAAUACGAAUCGUAUAUAUUAUUGACCAUUAUACCAUUGUUUUUACCUUGUUCUAUUUGCCCUACACUGAUUUUUCAUCAACGAAUGCUUAUUUUGUUUGAUAUCAGACAGUCACCAAUGUUAGUAUUUCAAUUUCACGAACUAGUCUUUCGAACAAUUUUUGCUAUAAAUUUCUUUACCGUCGAAUACUAAAAAAUGCGUACUUAUGUUUGCUCCGCCGCGGUGUAUUUGAAAUGUGGUAAAGCAAAAUAUAAUUAUUCAAUGUCUAGUCGAGUUUAGGUUAAAUGCUUGUAUUUUGAAUGAAGCCUCUGCUAUCGGCUAUUUCUCCGUUUGUUAAUCGGUAUUUGAAAUAGAAAAGAUAAUUCAACCUCGAUGAUUUGUAAAUAAAUUGAUGAUGAUCUCUA